AUGGUAGAGAUCAUUGCAGCUCAGAACGAGGCGAGUGGAGUUCUGGAGAAGAAAACGAUAGUAGAUAAGGAAAAAGAAGAGAAGAAGGUAGAAAAGAAGGAGGACAAAAAACCCCGAGCUGACAGGGCACCCAGCCCCGAGUACACACCACUCAAUGCAAGAAGAUUGGAGAUAUUGAUGCAGAUAAAGGGAAAAGGGUUGCUGAACCAGCCCGUACCUAUGUUUUCAAAGCCUGAGGAUAGGAACCCUAAAAAAUACUACCGUUUUCACAGGGAUACAGGCCAUGAUACGAAAGAUUGUAGACAGUUGAAAAGGGAAAUAGAGAACCUUAUUCGGGACGGGCACCUGUUAAAGUAUGUAGACAGAAGGAAGGACUCCCGACCCGAUCAUAAAGAAGAGGAGAGACAUGUCGGGAGAGAUGAUCGAAGGCAUGACAAAGAAAGAGUAACCAACAGAAGGGGUGAGCCCACCAGGGAAACAGGGCAGUCAAGCCGGCCUUUGGCGGCUCCCAUCCUUACAACCUUGGGUGGGCUGGGACAAGAGUCAGCAAGAAAGGCGAAAGCACACGCCGGUUUCAUCGGGGUGGUUGAAGCGACCACCAAAAUCGCUAGGACCGACCUGACCAUAUCCUUCGCUAGUGAGGACAUGGAGGGAAUCAAUUGGCCUCACGAUGAUGCCAUCGUUUUACAAAUGUUUAUUCAGGACAGGAUGGUCCACAAGAUCCUGGUGGACACCGGAGCUUCGGUCGACCUGUUAUCUUACCAAGCUUUCAAACAGUUUGGGUUAGGCGAAGAAAGCCUCAGGCCUGACGGCAAUAAUCUGUACCGCUUCUCGGGUGAGGCAGCGAAAAUAGAGGGGAGUAUAAAGAUGCCCGUUACGGUGGGGGAAUACCCCAAUGAGGUCACAGUAGAAAUCAACUUCAUGGUGGUAAGCAACGGAUAUGCCAGGAAUCCCCAGGAGCUUCGCAGAGCACCAACUCAGCAUAAACCCAAUGUACCGACCUGUCCAGCAGAAAAGAAGGAAUUUCGCUAUGGAGAGACUGUUGGCAAUCGAGGUAGAAGUUCAGAAGCUGAAAGACUCAGGAUUUAUCCACGAAAUAGAAUUCCCGAGCUGGCUUUCCAACGUGGUCAUGGUCCCAAAGUCUAA